AUAAAAUUUUAUAGUGUUAAACCUCUAAUCUUCAUGACCCACCACCUUUUACAUGCCUUCAAAGUGUUUAAAUUUUGUGAAACCCAACAAAAACAAGUUCUAGUAGUCUCUUUUUCAGUACUGGUUUGCCUUGUUGAAUAGUUUAACUUUCACUGAAUCUUGAAAAAAAAGAAAGGAACUUUGGAAGAAGAAGAAGAAGAAGAGGAGCUAAACGAUGUCGUUUGUUUUGGGUGUUGUGAUUGGGGUUUUAGUUGGAGUUAGUUUGAUAGUUGGCUUUGUUAAAUCAGAAAAUUAUCGAUCCAAAUGCCGUUCUGAACUGGCUACUACAAUUGCUGCAUUUGCUAGAAUGACUCUGGAAGAUUCCAGAAAGAUUUUUACACCAGAGCAGCAUCCUUCUUGGGUUGUUUUUUCUAGUCAACAAAAGUUGAAUUGGCUUAAUUCUCAUCUUGAAAAGAUCUGGCCUUUUGUGGAUGAGGCAGCAUCAGAACUGGUAAGGUCAAGUGUGGAGCCAAUUUUGGAACAAUAUAGGCCUAUGAUUUUGGCAUCAUUGAAAUUUUCCAAGUUUACUCUUGGUACUGUUCCUCCUCAAUUCACAGGAAUUUCUAUUCUUGAAGGUGAAAGUGAAGGUAUUACCAUGGAAUUAGAGAUGAAUUGGGAUGGAAACCCAAGCAUUAUACUCGAUAUCAUGACAUACGUUGGUGUAGCAUUACCAGUGCAGGUGAAAAACAUUGGAUUUACUGGGAUUUUCAGGCUGAUCUUCAGGCCGCUUGUUGAUGAGUUUCCCUGCUUUGGAGCUGUUUGUUAUUCUCUAAGGAAAAAGAAGAAGCUGGACUUUAUGCUUAAAGUGGUUGGUGGUGACAUGACAGCAAUACCUGGCAUUUCUGAUGCAAUUGAGGGUACCAUCCGCGAUGCCAUUGAAGACUCUAUCACAUGGCCAGUCCGAAAAAUUAUUCCCAUUUUGCCUGGGGAUUAUAGUGACCUUGAACUAAAGCCUACUGGAGUAUUGGAGGUGAAACUUGUUCAAGCAAAAGAGUUAACAAACAAAGACCUCAUUGGUAAAUCUGAUCCUUUUGCUGAGUUAUAUGUCCGCCCUUUACGAGAUAGAAUGAAGAAGAGCAAAACAAUUAACAAUGAAUUGAAUCCAAUCUGGAAUGAGCAUUUCGAGUUUGUAGUUGAAGAUCCAUUGACACAACACUUGGUGGUAAAGAUCUAUGAUGAUGAAGGGCUUCAGGCAUCUGAACUAAUUGGAUGCGCACAUGUCCGUUUGAAUGAGCUUGAGCCUGGUAAAGUGAAGGAUGUCUGGUUGAAGUUGGUGAAAGAUUUGGAGAUCCAGAGAGACCAAAAAAAUAGGGGCCAGGUGCACUUGGAGCUAUUGUAUUGUCCUUAUGGCAUGAAGAAUGGGUUUAGUAACCCUUUUGUCGAUAAUUUAUCAUUGACUUCACUGGAGAAGGUUUUUAAAAGUGGAGCAGAAGGAAAAGAACAAAAUGGAGGUGAAAUCAAUAGGCGGAAGGACGUAAUAGUACGAGGGGUACUUUCUGUAACCGUGAUAUCAGCUGAUGACCUGGCCCCAACUGAUCUAAUGGGGAAAGCUGAUCCGUAUGUUGUAGUUAGUAUGAAGAAGACUGAAACUAAGAACAAAACCAGGGUUGUACCGGAAAGCUUAAAUCCAGCAUGGAAUCAGACUUUUGACUUUGUCGUUGAGGAUGCAUUGCAUGAUAUGCUAAUUCUAGAAGUGUGGGACCAUGACACCUUCGGAAAGGAUUACAUGGGAAGGUGCAUAUUGACAUUGACAAGAGUACUAAUGGAAGGUGAAUAUAAAGAAACCUUUGAACUUGAUGGAGCUAAAUCAGGGAAACUGAACUUGCAUCUCAAAUGGGCACCACAGCCCAUAUACAGAGAUUCCUAAUGAUAAUAUCAUGGGAUAUGUUUUUGUUCUUGUAAAAGGUUUGUACAGACACAAGUUACUUCGAUUCUGUGCGUCGAUGUCGAUCAUAAGCUAUGAAAAUUUGUGGUAUUAUAGUACAUUUUUGUAGAUAAUUGUUUGGUUAAUGCAGAAUUGGUUUACAUA